GGAGCGUUGCGCGCCGGUCAGUCGCGGGCAUGGCGUCCCGCCGUCGCCAUAGCCCUCAGUUGCCAUAGCUCGUCGAUACAUGACUCCCGGCCACGCAUGCGCCCUCUGUCGAACCCCCGCACUACGCAUGUGCGGCAGUAUACCAGACAACGAGGCAGCCAAGUUGCGACACACGACUCCUCUUUACGCGACACCGUCGCAUAAUUGAUUGUCCAUUUGAUACUGACAUUGAACGGCCGAUGUACGGCGGUCGCCUGCUCGAUUAUAACCAGUUAUUUGCUUACGGCUACCGAGAUAAGGCGCUUCCACGCGAGUCCACGCGACGUCUAACAUCCCCGCGAUCAGCUGGUUAUAACUCGCGAAUUCGGUAUGGCAUCGUACUGUGAUAAAUAUUGUGCAUCUAAGGUUUGCGUGAUGUAAACAGUGUUGAGAGUGCAAGUGAGUGAUUAAACAUGGAAGUUGCUAAGGAAAAGAGCGCAGUGAUGGAGGAGUUUGACGAGGACGAUGUCGCGUCCCGCCGCUGCAUGCUAGACGAUUUGCAGUUGGCAGCAGAACUCGGCAAAACCCUGUUGGAAAGGAACAAGGAACUCGAGACAGCUCUGCGUCAGCACCAGAACAUCAUUGAAGAUCAAACACAGGAAAUCGAGUACUUAACGAAACAGACGGUCGCUCUCCGUGAGGUGAACGACUCCAGGUUGAGGAUCUAUGAACAACUGGAAGUGAGCAUUCAAGACUUGGAGCGGGCCAACCACAGGCUAGCUGUCGACCAUGCCGCCGACAAGAAACACAUUAAAACUCUGUGCGCCAAUAUUGAGUCACUUGAGAACAAAUGUGAAGAUCUACAAAAGACUGUCGAUGACCUGAACGCUCAGCUGGAGAUCUCCAGGCGAAGGGCAGAACGGAAACCAGAAGUAGAAGUACCCAAAGAAAAAGAGAAAUCAGUCGAACUUACUCUAAGCGUCAAGAAGCCUGAUGUAAACAGUACACCGAUCAAAACGGUAGCACCUCUUCCAGAACUGACCAAAGAGGACGAGGACUUACUCAGGCUAAGCGAUGAACUCAGAGAGAGCAAGGUAGCCUUUGCACAAGAACAGAGAAGGGUGACGGAACUGGAAGAACAGUUGGCGUCAAUGAUCCAGGAGAACAACAGACUAAACGACCAGUUCAGGAACUGGCAACAACGAGAAGAUGAACCCAAGUCCAUGCAUGAGGAAUUCGCUAUCCUUGAAGAAGUCAGACAAGGACAACUAUGCAUAAGAUGCCUAAGAGGCGUGGAGAGAGGAGACGACAUGUCCUCCAUGCUAGACGGAGACGACGAUGAUAGAAGCGCAAUCAGCUCUCUAAUCCUCCCUCCAUCUGGCCAGGACAGUCCACGGGAAGAUCUUGUUACUAACAAACUUGUCAAAUUCGACAAUGCCAAGGAAAAGUUACUCCAAGGUAUAUGGGCGAACAAAGAAGAUGGCCACGAUAACCCUUACAGAGAACUGGUGCAAAAGUACGAGGCUCUUUUAGAAGUUCAACUGUCGCAGGUUAAGAACAUCAGAAAGACCAAACCCACCACUUUGCCCAGCAACCAGAACCCGUGCGGUCCCCUGUCUCUGCAGGACGAACUACAAACGUCCGGAGACUACAGUCAGUUCAGUGUCAAGGACACUGACGAGGAAAGCGGCCACGGUGAGGAACAGAAAGGAGUCGGCCAAACAAAGAAGGUUGAUACCACUUCUCGAAAGAAGAUUAUACAAACUCCGGACUUCUCGGAAGCAGAGACUUCCAGCUCCGGAUUUUCAGAUGAAACCAGCAACAAAGCGACGCAGACGGAACGUGAGCGACCGGGCUCUUUCCUGUGCACAAUCGCUGACGGUGAGGACUACCGUUUCAGUAUUUACGAUGACGUUAGUCCCAUGGACAGUCGAUUCCGCAACAGGCCAGAGUACCGCGAACUAUUCAAGGAAAUAUUUACCAUCCUUAAGAAGGCGGCGGAGAACAAAGACGAUGGAGAGCAACUGCCACUCCUCGAUGAUACCACUGCGGGCAAGGUUCCACCCGUCACUCCCGCCAACGAGGAAGCGCCCGGCAACUUCACUGAUGAUACGCAGAGCGUAUUUUCGUCUGUGAUGUCUGAACAAUCAAUUCCAGUGUCUGAUAUCACCAUGCCUGAAACACCAACUCUGAAGGAAAAAGAGAAACCUCAGCCAGAAGUGGUCAAAAAGGAGGAAAACAGUAACAAAGAGAACAAACCAGUGGCGGAAAGCACCACGGAGAAGCCAAAACCAAGCACCACACGCCAGGUUAAAGAGCAAACCCACUCCAAAGUGAGAGACCAGAGCGUGCAAAGGGAGCAAGAAAAGGAGAAAGAAAGAGAGACCGAUAAAGAAAAGAAGGAAGACAAAGAACGAGUCCUGACUCCGUUGGUGCGUCAGCCACUAGAAUAUAUAGCGGCCACUAGAAAGAAGUCCAGACAUCGCAACCGAAAACAUAGCCAAGACCGUCAGGGCGCAGACUCUCCAGUAUUCCCGUCGCCACCUAAGAUCACGUACCAGAAGUCAUCGAACAAGAAGAGGAGGGACUACAGGCCGAUUGAGGCGAGUCCCCUUGUCAGGGCAGCCGAGAGCGAGUGGAACGGCUCCACGCUACAGUUCUACAACAGGAACAUGAAUUCUCCAACACCCAGCGCAAGCGGCCGGACGGGCAAGAUUUACCAAGGAUGGAACCCCGAGACCGACUCGUGGGACAUCAAACAGAGCACGGCGUCACAAGAAAUACACAAACUGAGGAAGCUGGAGCUUUCCUACGCAGAAGUAUUGAGGAACGCCGACAAAACUAAGCCCAGGCGCAAGAAACAUCAGUAAACAUUUUAAUUCAUCGACCCCUCUUACUCUAGUAAGAGUCGAGUGAUCAACAGCCAUUUGUCAUUGCCAACUGGACAUAAGUAAUUUAGAUUAGUAUUUGUGAUCUGGUAGUGUAACUUUUAAUUUUUACCUAUAUAAUUCACAAUCACAAAUUGCCAUAAUAACCGGUAUAGUGGUAUACCAGUAUAUUUAUGUAUGUAUUCCUAUAAUCAAUUUUAAUUUAUUGAACUUUCACAAUACCCUUCCCUCCGAUAUCACGUUCGUCAACUUAUUUCGUAUGAAAUAUUCUUGCAUUUAGCCAGAGCACCUUUGUACGUCUCGAGAUAGUUUGUACUAUUUUACUGCCUGAAAUUGAGUUCAAUUCGUUCUAUUCUAUUGAAUAAUUUAAUUUCUUCCUAUUUUAGUCAUUAUUUUAAUUGUAUAUUAUGUAUUUGAUCAUUGAUUUGUAAAUAUGCAUUUUUAAGUUAAUUAUAUUUUUUUUAAUUGCCAUCGAUAUUUUCGAAUAUUUCGAACAACGCGUUUUAUGUAUGCGGGAAGUAUUUAAUGGAGACAAAGUGAGAGAGAGGUUGAAGGUAUAAAUAAAAAUUUGCAUUGAUAUUAAUAA